GGGUAUGUACAGGCUGGUGAAAUGUUCUUAUGUAGGGUGUUGAGACUUGGAUUUGAUUUAGAUACUCAUAUUUUUACUUCUUUGGUUUUAGGUUAUUGCAGGGAACGUCUCCUGUCUGAUGCCUUAGGGUGUUUGAAAUAAUGUCUAAAUUAGAUGGCUGCGAACCCAAUUCAGUGACGUACUCUACAUUGAUUCACGGUUUAUGUGAAGACGGGAAGCUUGAAGAGGCUUUUGGGCUGAAAGAAGAAAUGAGUAGGAAGGGUUGUCUGCCAACUACUCGAACGUAUAGUGUCUUACUUAAAGCUGUGUGCGAUAUUGGAUUGAUUGACAAGGCUAUUAGUUUGCUUGAUGAAAUGGUUAGAAAUGGAUGUAAGCCUAAUGUUUAUACUUAUACUGCUUUGAUUGAUGGGUUGUGUAGAGAAGGAAAGAUUGAGGAGGCCAAUGGGAUUUUUAGAAGAAUGUUGCAAGAUGGGCUAUCUCCUGGCAUUAUAACUUUCAAUGCUUUAAUCAAUGGAUAUUGUAAAGAAGGACGAAUUGUUUCGGCUUUUGAGAUAAUUGGUUUGAUGGAAAGAAGGAACUGCAAGCCUAAUAUACGCACUUACAAUAUUAUUUAGAUGAUAUCUCAGGUUUAAAGAGAAAUUUCAAAUUAGUAGUAACUCAUGAUUGGGUAGGAAGCUUAAAAGAAAAAGAAAAUGGAUGGCUUCGUCAAGGAAACUAAAUAGAGUUGUAGUGAAUUUGAGACAUCAAUUGGGAAAUUUCCUCUGCUCAUGGACAUAAAGCGUUGGAUACAUUGCUUUCGGUUGUUUCAGACAUUAAGAAAAAAGAUUUAAUAUUUCUGAUAGCUAAUGAAAAAAAAAAAAAA